AUGGGUCCAGAGCACAUCCCUACGAAUGUUUGUCUCGUCCCCUUUGAGGCAACACCAAAUCUCUAUGAAGCGCUUCUACACCUCCGUGACCCUUUUUUCGAACAGAUCUUAUGGAUCGAUGCCAUCUGCAUCAAUCAGCAAGAUGUUAGAGAGAAGGCAACGCAAGUCGCUGCGAUGGCGCGAAUUUAUGGCCUUGCAAAACGUGUCGUUGUGUGGUUAGGUGCAGAGGCAGAUGGCAGCACAUUUGCUUUUCAGAAGCUGAGGGAUAUGGCACCAAUGCACCAAUCGGCAGAUCGAUCUCAAUCUGGAGAAAAUUUGUCAUGGUUCCGGCGUGAGGACAAUGUCAUUGACGGCGAUGUUGACAACGAUUUCGAUAGAGAGGUGGGCAGCCUGGGUGUUGAACAGGCGAUUCUACUAUUGCUCCAUCGACCCUAUUUUCGGCGCAUGUGGAAGAUACUACAAGAAGUCACUGCCGCUCGGAACAUGUUGCUCAAGUGUGGUGAUGCAGAAAUGCAGACCGUGACAUUCCUUGCUGGCCUCGAUGCGCUCAAAGGCAUAUAUGACUGGGAGCUUCGUAGCCGCAUUCUAGCAUUCUCGCGCCUGAUCAAGACUUCGAACUAUCGAGAGAGUUUCAAGGGCCAAGCUCACUUGAAAAUCGAGCCCUUGACUGAGCUCAUCGAUCGCUUCCAUGCUCACGACGCUACUGAUCCACGAGAUAAAGUCUAUGCACUAUGGGGUUUGUCUUCAGAUAGCGACUUGAUGAUGAGUCUGCAACCAGAUUACAAGAAAAGUUGGAAAGAACUCCUCCAAAGAUUAGGCAAGAUCGUAUUCGGCGAGGACUCCAGUGUUUCAGCGUCCGCCUGUCGCCAAACGAUGUUUGUCCGUACUACAGGCUACGAUAUCGGAAGAGUAGAACAUAUUGCCCACGGGGAUGAAGGGCGGCUAUGGGAGAAUACGCAGGUAAUUCAGAUCACUUCCACAAGGGUCUCCAGGUUUCCAGGGCCCGGUCGUGUCUGGAGCGUAUACGUUAACAUACGAGUGCCCUCAGAACGACUACUAGAGGAUGAUAUCGUCCUGUUUUUACCACAUGCGAGUAGGAUCAUCUUCGCGAGGCCUACAAAAUAUUAUCUCCAGGUCGUCAUGGCGAUUGGCAGUCGCAUUGUCCAUGUACUUGAUUCCGACGGUAGGCGAGUCAAGUCUGGCUGCGAAUGGUGGCAGUCGUGGUCAGACGACAUUGACGAAGAUACAAAGGAUUUUCCUCUCCUAUGGAGCUGGGAGAAAGACUGCGGACAAGAUGAAGAAGAAGCGUUGAAGUUGAUGAGCGACCAGGUGAUGACCUUGUAUUCUCCAACGGACUGGGACCGCCAUCGAACCUUACUACAAGCAACAGCUAUGUCAAACAUGGCGGCCUUGUUCAUGGAUUUUGAGCAUUAUCAUCAGGCAUCGACCCUACUUACCGAAGCGGUUCUCAUAUAUGAAAGUCUAUAUAUCGAAGAACACGCUAUUGCAGUUGCGGCUCGUGGUCGGCUGGACAACGCAUUGGACAGGAAAUUCAACUACCUCAAAGCGCAAGAGCUGUUCUCCAGACGUUGUGAGCACGAAUCAGAAGACAAUAUGGCGGAUCUGUACGCUUUGGUAAUCCUCCUUAGCAUAGAACCGGCAUAUGUAGAAGUUACUCAUGGUAUCGUCCAUGUAUCGUCAUCCAACCUUUGGGCGGAUUUUGCUUCGAAGGUCAUGUCAGAAGGAGUGAGCAAAGAGAUGCUCCUGCAAGCUCUACAGCAUCUCCCUUUCCCAGAGGACACCACGGUCAACUCUACUUGGGCCAAAUCCCUCAACAUCAAAACGACGGCACCGUCUAUACAUCGUGCACUCGGAAAUGUUUCCUUAGCACAAGAUUAUCUCGAGUUUCUGUUGGCAAUGGCCAGCGAUGACAUCACCAUAUCAGCCUCAGAGUUACUCACCGCUGCUCGACUGCAGAUAAGGUCUACGAGUUUCGUCCGGCUUGCCGAGCGGAGCGACUACCCGCUUCAAAAUCUACCCGAAAUCCUCGAGGCAUUCAGGUCUCGUCAAAUGCUGGGAAUGUAUAUGCGAGAGAUCGUUGUAGAUCUUGGUGAUCGCAUCGUUGUUACGCCCGAUGCAAUAAAUGUGGCUGCAAAGUGGAAUGCGGACACCUUGUCAACGCUCCUUAAAGCAGCGAAAGGUGCUCCAGUUGUGGCUCCUGCCGCAUUCACGAUCGCCAUGCAGAAUCUGAGCGAAUUUACGCCAGCCAUCGUUGCAGUCCUCGCCCAGCACGCAGAGCCCGGUUGCACAAUCCCAGAAGAGGCCCUCAGACUGAUUGCUCAUGACGACAGGCUCGAUAGGACUGAGCUCCAAUGGAUCUUUGUAUCAUUGCUAGAACACACAAAUCUCGUCGUGAAUAUUCACGAGAGCCUUUUAGUCAAACCAUCCGGGCUUUAUGCAAUAGAGAAUGACAUCUACGAACUACUGCACUUUCGACCGAAAUCCCAUUUCCCCCGCGCCGCGCGCAUGGAGGAGGCAUCUCGGUAUGGCGACCUUAGAACACGUUCCCUCCUCGAGAGCACCGGUCCUGUCAGGCCAGAUGCUAUAGACGCCAUUCCAGGCAACGACAUCGUCGGCUACGCGAGCUUUAUCAAUCUGGUGCGGUACCGAAAACAUGAGUUUAGAAUCACGCGAAAACUCAUAUUGAGGGUUGCAGGGGAAAAGAAAAAAGCUGCAGCAAGUGUAUCGUGGCUGUACGGCGAAGACGAAGCCCCUUGGGAGUCCCUGCUCGUCAUCGACAGAUGCACGGCGUUCCUCAUCAGACACACCGACAACUAUCUCAUCGGCUAUCUCGCUUCAACUUCAGGAUUGAUCGACAUUGCUGCGUCUAGAGGAUUGGUGCGCGUGCUAGAAACACUGCAACGCCGUUUGAAAGGACCUUGUUUGAAUUUCGACGCCUUACACAUCGUCGCUGAGCUAUGCCAACUGCUGCAACGGCCAUCGCAGCCUGGCGAGUCUUAUACUGCUAUGCCGAAGAUCAUAAGCCUUGUGCAAAGCCUUGCCAGGACGGAGCACAAGUCCAUCUCUGACAAUGUAAAGCGGGAGAUGUUUCUGCACGCCAGGCGCGAGCAGGAUAGCGGCGCGGUGAUAGAUUCACUGCUCGAGAACGGAAUCUUGGAUGAAGACGUCGUCAAAAUUUGGGAGGCGCAGUCUUUGGACACCGAAGCCGGUCAUCAAGAGACUGAGAGUGGGAUACCGGGCCAGAUCUGGGUGGAGUCGAACUAG